CCCCGGGAUGAAGGUGGCACCCCAUCAAUCCCAACCUAUGUCCCGCUGUCUCCCUUCUUUUUUCAGGCCGUCCCAGAAAAACAGAGACCAAAGGCAGAGUCAUUGUCCCAAGAAGAAUUGGGGAAGAAGCAUCAAUCUACGGAAACGAAAUCCUUCGCGGUGGGGAUUUUUAAAGGCCAGAUCAUCACUGAGCAAGUUUUCCCUUAUCCUUCAGUCCUCAAUGAGGAGCAGACGCAAACGUUGCGGGAGCUGGUGGAUCCCGUCGCUCGUUUCUUUGAGGAGAUGAACAACCCGUCCCGGAAUGAGGAGCUGGGGCACGUGCAGGAGAAGACGAUGAGGGGCCUGAAGGAUAUGGGGGCUUUCGGGUUGCAGGUGCCCACCGCCUUUGGGGGUCUGGGGCUCACCAACACCCAGUAUGCCCGCAUGGUGGAAAUCGUGGGGAUGCACGACCUGGGGGUGGGCAUCACCCUUGGCGCCCACCAGUCCAUCGGCUUCAAGGGCAUCCUGCUCUACGGCUCCCGGGAGCAGAAGAAGAAGUACUUGCCCAAAUUGGCAACUGGUGAGACCAUCGCCGCGUACUGCCUGACCGAGAACACCAGCGGCUCCGACGCGGCCUCGAUCCGGAGCAGAGCCGAACUAAGCCCUUGCGGUACCUACUACACACUCAAUGGGAGCAAAUUGUGGAUCAGCAAUGGCGGCAUUGCCGACAUAUUCACCGUCUUUGCCAAAACCCCGCAGCAAGACGAGACGGGGAAGAUGAAGGACAAGAUCACGGCCUUCAUCGUGGAGCGGUCUUUUGGGGGGGUCACCAGCGGCCCCCCCGAGAAGAAGAUGGGCAUCAAAGCGUCCAACACAGCCGAAGUCCACUUUGAUAAUGUCCGAGUGCCGGUGGAGAACGUUCUAGGCGCACCAGGCGCCGGGUUCAAGGUGGCCAUGAAUAUCCUGAACAACGGGCGCUUCGGCAUGGCGGCCGCUAUGGCGGGCACCAUGCGGGCACUCAUUCACAAGGCGGUGGAUUUUGCUGCCAACCGAACUCAAUUUGGGGAAAAAAUCCACACUUUCGGAGGCAUUCAGGAGAAACUCGCCCGCAUGGCGCUCCUCCACUACGUGACAGAGUCAAUGGCCUAUAUGAUCAGUGCCAACAUGGAUCGCGGGGCGUCCGACUUCCAGAUUGAGGCAGCCAUCAGCAAAAUCUUCGGCUCGGAAGCCGCCUGGAGCGUGUCGGACGAAUGCAUCCAGACGAUGGGCGGCAUGGGCUUCAUGAAGGAAGGCGGCGUGGAACAAGUGAUGAGAGAUUUGCGCAUCUUCCGCAUCUUCGAAGGCACCAAUGACAUCUUGCGGCUUUUCAUCGCUCUCUACGGGUUCCAGAACGCCGGGAACCAGCUUCGUGGUUUGCAACAAGCCAUCAAGAACCCCUUCGGCAAUGCUGGUUUGUUGGUCAGCGAGGCAGGGAAACGGGUCCGCAGGAAGGCAGGUUUGGGGACAGGUAUCACCUUAAAAGGUGUGGUGCACCCGAGUUUGGAAUCCAGCAGUGAGCAGGCCGUUCAAGCCAUCGACCUCUUCGCGGCCGGGAUAGAAAACCAGCUGCUGAAGCACGGGAAGAAAGUUGUCGAAGAGCAGUUUAUGCUGAAACAGAUCGCCGACAGCGCAAUUGAUAUCUAUGCCAUGGUGGUCGUUCUGUCCAGGGCGUCGCGAGCUCUGGAACAAGGACAGCCCACCGCCGAGCACGAGAAAGUGCUCUGUGAGACUUGGUGCAUGGAGGCCUACAAGCGGGUCACCCAAAACCUGAUCUCUCUCCCGUCCAGCAACACCCAACAAAUGUUCAAGAAUUUUCGGGUCAUCUCCAAAGCCAUGGUGGAGAAGGGAGGGGUGGUCUCCCCUUACACCCUGGGUUUCUGAGACCCCCCCCCCUCACCCGCCUCCUCAGUUCUCAGCUUCGUUCUUUCCUGGGUGCAACACAAUGAGAGCACAUCCACCAAAGGCAAAUUCCUUGUGUGUCCCAUCACACUUGGCCAAUAAAGAAUUCUGUCUUAUCUAUCUAUCUUAGGGUGGGGCGUCCCCCACCCCACUGGGAGACCAGGUGCCAUUUUGGGGAAACUGCCCUCGGAACGUCUGCAGGUAGUCCUCGACUUACGACCGCAAUUGCAACUGGAAUUUCCAUGGAUAAGCAAGGCAGUCGUUAAAUGAGCCGCCCCUAAUUUUACAACAGCCCUAUAGCCCUUAGACUUAUAUACCGCUUCACGG